CAAAGGUAAGAAGGGAGGGGAGACAUUAACUAUAUUUAUUUAAUGAUUUAAUUAUUUUAAAAAAAUAUAUCUUUAGUCUGGCCCCCUAUCCUCUCACACAAACUAUAACCCACUGCACCACACACAAAUAUACAGUCCCCCUUAUACACACAGCCCCCCUUACACACAUAGCCCCCAAUACACACACUGCCUCCCUUAAACACACAGCCUCAAUACACACACUGCCCCCAUACACACACAGCACCCCUCACACACAAACACACUGCUCCCAAUACACACACUGCACUCUUUACACACAAACACACUGCUCUCAAUAUACAAAUUGCUACCCCAUACAUAUACUGCACCCCUCUCACAAAUGCACUACCCCUCCAUACACAUACUGCGACCCUCACACACAUAUACACUACAGCCCCUAUCCCAGCAGACCCUGGGUAAGUUAUCAAACUUUUUUUAAACGGUUUGACUACUUACUCUGGGAGGGCACCACAGCAACUCCUGGCACCAAAACCACUACAGAGAGCUGUAGUGGUUAUUGUGCCUGGAUUGUUUCUUAAAAUGAUCUGCCAGUGCCCCUCCCGAGAUUAGCUUCUGGAUCCGCCACUGCAUACAUGUAUGGAUGUAUGUAUUGGGCAGUGUGUGUUUGGUUGAUUGUAUGCAUUGAGCAGUGUGUGUGUAUGGAUGAAACAGAGGGGAAAGCUGGAGAUAAAAGCUGAUGAACGACAAUAUACAGGUUGUUAGAAGAGCAGAAUGAACACUGUGGAGGACAGGGACAUAUGAGAUAUGACGAGGAAACACGUCUGUUUUGGGACAUUUAAGAUGACUACAUUAUCUACUCAUAGUGUUUUAUGUAGCUAAAAAAACAGAAUAAUGUCUUUCCUUGCAGGUCGUGAGAAGAAGAUCUAAUGAGUCGUAACAUGUGGGAUAAAGACUAUCGUAGCUGGAGGAGGUAAAAACAGCCCUAAUGCAAUGCUUCAGCAUGAUCCUCUUAAGCAUCCUUAUUUAAAAUCCUCAACUAUAUAUAUAGCCAAGAAAAGGAGGAAAAGUAAGGAUAAAAAAAAUAUAUAUAUAUCUACACUUAACAUAUCAACUCAACUACCUCCCACUGCUAACUAAAGCGACCCAAGACCUAGACACUUGGCAACACCUCUCCAUCUCCUGGCUGGGCCACCUGGCAUCAAUAAAAAUGAACCUACUCAGGCGCUUUCUAUAACUCUUUCAGGCCCUACCCAUACCCAUAUGCAAAAUAGACUUCAAAUCACUACAGACUCGUACUGAUAAAUUCAUAUGGGCGGGGAAAAAAGCAAGGAUAAAGAGAGCAACGCUGUACAUCCCGCAUAAGAUGGGGGGACUAGGCCUCCCCAACUUUUGGGACUACCACCAGGCGGCCCAGCUAGCACAAAUCCAGAACCUACACGCCCCCGCAGGACACAAACUCUGGGUGGACCUGGAGCACGAUCUACUCGGACGGGACUUCCCCUCCCUACUCAUAAACAAGACAGACCACAGACUCCCCCCACAACCCCAGCACUAACACACUCCAUUCAACUAUGGGACCGGGUCACCCGCAAACACAACAUAAUCAACUCCCCAUCCCCACUGACACCAAUACUGCGCAAUACUCAAUUCGAACCGGGAAUGACCCCCAAAAACUUUGCAAGGUUCGAAGGCAAUAACCUGGUCAGAUUUUACCACUUCUUCAAAGGGCCGCAGCUUAACCCCUUUUCCGACCUCCCGAACACCACACCACUCACCCCGUUCGACCAUUUUCGCUUCCUGCAAAUCAGGAGCUUCCUUUCCCAACCACCCAAUGACCAAGCAGCCACCACACCAACCACGACCUUUGAAAGGAUGUGCAUGCACACCCCAAUACAAAAGAGACAGAUAUCCAUCAUCUAUGGCAUUCUCAACAACUUCAGCUCCCAUGAGGCCCUUUCAUAUACCGCGGCUUGGGAAAGAGACAUAGGACACCCGGAGGACCCCUCAGACUCGAAGGACAUAUGGGAAGCCACAGCUUCACUCACUAUCUGCGUCACACACAAGGAACAGGCCUACAAGACCCCCCUGAGAGUGAAACAAAUGCAUUUCACCACCUCAGACCGAUGCUGGAAAGGAUGCGGGGAACAGGGCACAUACCUCCACCUCUGGUGGUAAUGCCCUUGAAUUGCCCAACUAUGGAGGGAAAUAGCCUAAACAAUAAACGGGGCUCUCCACAGCGACCUCCCACUAGACCCCUGGAUCUGGCUCCUGGCUCCUCUCAAAACCACACAAACUAGGGCCCAAAACAAACUCACAGCCUGGGUGGCUCUUGCUACACGAAGAACCAUAGCCAGACACUGGGGCAGCAACGCCACCCCCUCCACACUCAAAGUACACCGAAAAAUAGACGAGGCCGUAGAAAUGGACAGGCUAUCUGCCCUGAUUCACGACACGACUAACUCUUUCCACAAGAUAUGGGACCCAUGGAUAACAAGAGCGGCACUAAUGCUAUAACCUCUAUCGAUCAUAACCCUUCCUACCCAAAAGCCCCCCCCCUGCAUCCCAACCUGCCCCCCCCUUUUCCCAUCCACUCUUUUCUCUCUCUCUUCUUCUCCCCUCGACCCCACUCUCACCAUGCCUCCUCCCCCUGGACCUUCUCCCACAAACUCACACAGGCACCACAAGAUAAUGAAUAGACGAGACACACUCCACCGACAACAAAAUGGAAUAACCCCCCGGAAACAUACAGCACACAACAGACAAAGCAAGAACAGAACCCUAACACCCCCUUCCUGCCCAGACAAGCUACAAGAAUCCCCAAAACAGAGAGGCCCAAUUUCAAUGGACACCUGCAAGGAAGGAGUUCACACUACACCCCCACACUUAGCCCCCACUGUUAAGACCAGAACCCCACAUGAAAUAUCCACCGCGAUUAGUUUAACACCCCCGACCCUCAGAACAACCUUAAAAACACACACAACUGACCCAUUGUACCAAAGCCCGAACACCCAUCCCCCCCGAUAAUGGACACCAGCGACGGAAGGACAAAGAGAACUGAAGCCGUACGCUAACGCAAAUGCACAAUAACCCCCCUAAGACCCUAACUUCCGUACCCAACAAGAACAUUUAAGACAUAACACAGCACCGUUAAGGCGGCUAUUGUAUGAAACCGAAGAUGACCAGACUCAAACCAGAUAGGGUACCCCACUCCCCUCCCACUCCUAUUCUGUACCCCUCCCCAACCCUUAGACCUAGAACAGCAACAAAUAAUAUGGACAGAGUAAUAUUAUAUAAGCAAACGAUCGCUACUGUAAUUAGAGAAGAAAUUUUAUAAAAAUGUUCUAUAUGUUACAAACAACAUAACUAAGUUCUAUGAACUCUGUAACACUUACCCCACUCCCAAGUUUUCUUCUGUACCCUAACCCCAGCAUAAACGAAAAAUUUCAAAAAUAAAGAAUUUAUAAAAAAUAUAUAUAUAUAUAUAUAUAUAUAGCAAGCGGUGCAGCUGAAAGGGACACUAUAGUCACCUGAACAACUUUGGCUUAAUGAAGCAGUUUUGGUGUAUAGAACAUGGCCCUGCAGCCUCACUGCUCAAUCCUCUGCCAUUUAGGAGUUAAAUUCCUUUGUUUAUGAACCCUAGUCACACCUACCUGCAUGUGACUUGCACAGCCUUCCAUAAACACUUCCUGUAAAGAGAGCCCUAUUUAGGCUUUCUUUAUUGCAAGUUCUGUUUAAUUAAGAUUUUCUUAUCCCCUGCUAUGUUAAUAGCUUGCUAGACCCUGCAAGAGCCUCCUGUAUGUGAUUAAAGUUCAAUUUAGAGAUUUAGAUACAAUUAUUUAAGGUAAAUUACAUCUGUUUGAAAGUGAAACCAGUUUUUUUUUCAUGCAGGCUCUGUCAAUCAUAGCCAGGGGAGGUGUGGUUAGGGCUGCAUAAACAGAAACAACGUGAUUUAACUCCUAAAUGACAGUGAAUUGAGCAGUGAAAUUGCAGGGGAAUGAUCUAUACACUAAAACUGCUUCAUUUAGCUAAAGUAAUUUAGGUGACUAUAGUGUUCCUUGAAGUACAAUCUCUCCUUGUUACUCAUAGGUGAAGAGGGAACAACAAUCUUCUGGUUAACAUUAGAGAAGACCACAUUUGGCAAAAGCAGUAAUCAGUCCUCAGGACUGCCUGAUCCUAAUGAAAAACUUAAAAAAUUCAGAAAUCAUAUUAGCCGAGGAGAUUUUCAGAAUAAACAACCCUUUUCAUGAUAACAAUUGCCAAUCCAAUGAAUGUGUAGGCUUAAAAUAAAAAUACAGCUUGAGGACCUUGUUCAGACUCCAAGGAGCAGUCAUGAGUCGCAUCAGGCUUGAUCUAUACUGGGCAUGCACAAAAUGUAUGAUGUCUGGACUCAAAUCAGGUUUAUGGUGGAGCAUCAAAAAAACUUGUCAUCUAACCUUUCAAAGAACUUGCUGCCAAACCCCUAUCUCAAUCAUCUUAAACAAAUUCCAAAAUGCAAGGAAGCUUAAAAGACAUCCAGCAUUUCCCACGGGAAUAACACGAGGUUAAGUAUGUUUGCAACACCUUGUGACUGGUGACAGGCUUGAGAGCCAGAAGCAAGGUCUGAGUAACUUUAUCUAAGAAGCCUCUGGAAACCAAAACCAUAAAUCACACAUGCAAUUUCUAUGUUGUCAAAGACUGAUUGUCUAUUCAAUGUGAAUCAAUGUCAGCCUCACAUUCCAGACCACAGAAGGCUUUUAGAGAUUUCCCUCAUGACAGCAGCACUAUGUGUACCUCUUGGUGGGGUGGUUGACAAAGGCAACCAUAAUGAUGUUGCCGAACUGAAAGUGGACAUAAGGCUCCUGACAGAGAUCCAGCCAAGCCAUGAUAGCCAGGUAACCUGGUGACCACAGUCGAUGAGCCCUGUGUGACUCACAGACAGUCCCUCAACCAUCUGGCUGAUGCCUAUUUUAACAACUAGCCACAAGGUACUUCCGAAAGAACACCUUAGAUUACCAAUUGAUGUGAUUUACACCAAAUAAAGGAUCUUCAUGCUCAUAGAUCAAACCACAGCAGAUGCGAUAAAGCCUAAAAUUCUCAUCCUACUGAUGGAGCAAGGAACACGGAUACCUUCACCCCUGAGUAAGUGGAAUGAAGCAUCAUAGACCAGAAGGAACAUCUUUUUUCUUUGGAGUCUAAAAUCAGUAUUCCUAAUGCCCUCUGACCCUCCCUCUCACUCACAGCUCCUCCCUCCGGCACAUGAGGGGUGAAAAAACUCCUAAGUCUGUUACCUAAUUCAAGCACAGAUAUCCCUGGCUUUGGGUUGGUACUCCACCUCCUCCGAUGUCAUAUGAUGGAUGGACCUAAUGCACAUGUGCGGCAAGUUAGGCUGUCCCCAUUGGAAGGCAUUGCACUCAAUACUUCCCAAUUGGGUUUUCACUGACACUUGAUGUCCUCAUGCAGAGCGUGAGGACGUCCAGCAUCAUUUGAGGGACUCAGAGUCCAUUAGAAUCCCAGAAGUGCCUCUAGUGGCUGUCUGAUAGACAGCCACUGGAGGCAUUCUUAGUCCUGCAAAGUUUUGUAAAAAGAGGAAGCCUGGCUAAAGGUACAUGGUUAUUUAUUUAACCCCUUAAGGACACAUGACAUGUGUGACAUGUCAUGAUUCCCUUUUAUUUUGAUCCUUAAGGGGUUAAAGGGGCACUAUAGGCACCCAGAACACUUCAGCUCAUUUAAGAUGAUAAACUGCAAAAAUAACAUUGCAGGGUUAACUCCACCUCCAGUGACUGUCUACCAGACACUAGAGGUGCUUCUGGGUCGUUAGGCGAUUUUUGGUCGCCUGACAUCCUCAUGCUAGUCAUGAAAACAUUCAGGGUCAGCCUGAACCCCUUAGGAAAGCAUUGAUUCCUAUUCGGUUGUACUAAUGCGAUUGCAACACUUAUGCGCAUGCACAUAAGAUCUCAGAUGGGGGGCUUACAUUUUAUGCAAUAUGAACAAUUAUACAAACUAUUGUCAGCUGAUAACAUAUUUUGAACUAGGAUACUAUAGUGCCAGGAACUUUAACAUCGCAGCACUAAGUGCAAUAGGGACAAUGCACCCAGACCACAUCAAUAAGAUGAAGUGGUCUGGGUGCCUAUUGUGUCCCUUUAUAGGACUUAUUUGGGGGUUUUGCCCAGAUUUAAAAUGGCCGCGGAAUACUGUCAAGGCGUGUGACAUCACGGCUGACGUCCUGAUCAGCUGAUCUGGUUCGUCCGCUCGCUGGAGGAAGGGGCGUUCCCAGCACGCAUUUUGAAGUGGAAGGCGCGAGCUGAGGGGCUCAGAUUGGCGGUUUGAUUUUAAAGCCGAACUCUAGCGCCGCGCUCUCGGAGACCGUCAGUAUGUCCAUGGCGUCUGCCCAGCUCGUCCGGGAGGGGAUCACCCUGAAAGGGAGCGCCGAGAUCGUGUCAGAGUUUUUCUGUGAGCGACCGCGCUAGCCGUACUAACAUGCCACAUGGUGAUCAGAGUUAGCUCCUCACUGCUGGGAGGCCUGGCGCCCGCUUUGUAGUGCGACAUUCACGGCUGUGCCUUCUGUUUGACUAGCGGUAGAGAAGUGUAGGUCUUCUGUGAUUGGCUAAUGUGACUGUCGUUCCUGAUCAGUUAGCCAAUCACGGAUGAGUGUUGGCUGAAAUGGGGGCUGGACUCUAAGCAACUUGUCUUCUGUAGGGAAAGAGGGAAAAGUAAUGUAAGAAAUCACUGGAAUUCAAUCAGUGCUGUGCCCCUGGCGUGCAGUGCUGUGCCCCUGGCGUGCAGUGCUGUGCCCCUGGCGGUGGCUGGCGUGCAGUGCUGUGUCCCUGGCGUGCAGUGCCCAUGGCGGUGGCUGGCGUGCAGUGCUGUGUCCCUGGCGGUGGCUGGCGUGCAGUGCUGUGUCCCUGGCGUGCAGUGCUGUGUUCAUGGCGGUGGCUGGCAUGUAGUGCUGUGUCCCUGGCGUGCUGUGUCCAUGGCGGUGGCUGGCAUGUAGUGCUGUGUCCCUGGCGUGCAGUGCCCAUGGCGGUGGCUGGCGUGCAGUGCUGUCCCCUGGCGGUGGCUGGCGUGCAGUGCUGUGUCCCUGGCGUGCAGUGCUGUGUGUCCCUGGCGGUGGCUGGUGUGCAGUGCUGUGUCCCUGGCCGGUGCCCAUGGCGGUGGCUGGCGUGCAGUGCUGUGUCCCUGGCGGUGGCUGGCGUGCUGUGUCCCUGGCGGUGGCUGGCGUGCAGUGCAGUGCCCAUGGCGGUGGCUGGCGUGCAGUGCUGUGUCCCUGGCGUGCUGUGCCCAUGGCGGUGGCUGGCGUGCAGUGCUGUGUCCCUGGCGGUGGCUGGCGUGCUGUGUCCCUGGCGGUGGCUGGCGUGCAUGGCGUGCAGUGCUGUGCGUGCAUGGCGCUGGCGUACAGUGCUGUGUCCAUGGCGGUGGCUGGCAUGUAGUGCUGUGUCCCUGGCGUGCUGUGUCCAUGGCGGUGGCUGGCAUGUAGUGCUGUGUCCCUGGCGUGCUGUGCCCAUGGCGGUGGCUGGCGUGCAGUGCUGUGUCCCUGGCGGUGGCUGGUGUGCAGUGCAGUGUUGUGUGGCUGGCAUGUAGUGCUGUGUCCCUGGCGUGCUGUGCCCAUGGCGGUGGCUGGCGUGCAGUGCUGUGUCCCUGGCGGUGGCUGGUGUGCAGUGUUGUGUGGCUGGCGUGCAGUGCCUGGCGGUCGCUGGAGCGCAGUGUUGUAUGAAAGUUAACAUGUUUCUGUGGCGAUUGCUUCAGUUUUUUGUUUUUCCAUUUUGCCAUAUUAAUGUAUUGACAGUUAAAAGGUAGUUUCCUACCUAAAAAAGUGGACUCUGUUGCUAAGUGUCUAUAAAGGGACAUUGUAACUUAAAUGGGUGUGUAUAUUUUUAAUAAGGAUAGACCGAUAAUUGGAUGUUCCAGAUUUUGGCACGUAUCUGCCACUAUUGAUACAGAUAUUGCCGAUAAUGUGAGGCGGCGGUGGCCCAACGCAUUCAUAAGGCAGCAUAGGCGGCCAUCUUAGGGCGCACUGGCUCUGGGGCUCAAGAAUUGAGUGACUGGCAGGAAGGAAACGCACAGCGCUCCUACCAGUCAUUCAGUGUAGCGUGGUUGAGCGGAGCACAGUGGACCACGGUACAGAAGCUUCAUUUUCCUGUACCCGGCCGGACUGAGAGAGCACUUCCUGUCUAGCCGUGGACCGGAAAAUGAAGCUUCUGUACCGCGGUCCACUGUGCUCAGCCAUGCUACAAGUGAAUAAAUGAGGCACACCUGGGAAGGGAGAGGACCACUAAUUCUUGAAAACAAAAAAUCUGACUGGCAUGUGUACUUUAAAAAAAAAAAAAAAAAAAAAUUAAACAUGUUCAGUAUACAGUAGAUUUGUGUAGAAAUUGUUUUUGUUUUUAUCAGCUAUUGGCUGUUCACCGAUUAUCAGUAUCAGCUGUAAAGAAUCAAGAUUGGGCGAUGCCUAAUUUUUAAUAUUAGCAUUUUUUUUUAUUUAGAUCUAUUGCUGUAAAUGGUCUGUUUUUGUUUUACUUUAAAAAAGCAAAAAUCUGUUAAUUUCACCUGUAACUGAGCCCUGAGACAGUCUUUUACUUGUCCAAUGCGUCCAUGUAGUGGAUCAUCUUCAUGCCGGUCAGAUGCUUUUCGUAGAGGACCUACACUACUUUUGUAGCUAUCACUGCAAUUUGCUGGGCCAAUGCUUUUCAAUGAGUAGUGUUAACCGCGUUCUGCAUCAACGUACGGUUUGUGAUGAUGCUGCAUGGAAGAAGUUCUGUCACUUUCUGGGACAAAAAGAGACAUACCUGUACUUAACAUUGCUGAGCGCUUGCCAUACCUAUGUUACUUUCUGGGUUCUUUGCAAGGCCCUAGAAUGAACUAUAACUUUAUGGUAACUUUCUUCUACUUCACAGCAUAGUUUAUUUAGCGUAUAUGUCUGGCUAUCUCUAUCAAAAUUGCUCUCUGCUCCUUCAGCAUUAUUUACUUUAUAAAAAAAAAAAAAAACUGCUAAAUUAAAUUUGCACAAUGUUACUUUCUUCAAUGAAGUCUUUCAGCUAUGUAAUUAAAGCAGAACACAUGUUUUUAAUCUAAUGUACUCACACUAAUCUCCAAUAAACUACAAUAUGACUUUAAUUUCUAUGUUAAUUUUCUUUCAGUUUGUGGCAUCAAUAGUAUAUUAUAUCAACGUGGUAUUUAUCCAGCUGAAACCUUCACACGUUUGCAGAAAUAUGGACUUACCUUGCUGGUAUCAACAGAUCCAGAUCUGAAAGACUAUUUAAAUAAAGUGGUGGAACAACUUAAAGGUAAUUAGAUAGUUAUGUUUUAUGGUGAGGAGUAUAAUUAACUAUUUCAAUACAAUGAUUCCUCUUAGGGAAUCAUUGGGAGGUUAGUGUUCAUAUGUAGCAAUACGGCACACUGUGGUAAUCAAAAUCUGCUUUAUGUGCAACACUUGUUUGAGAGCUGAGUUGGCUCUUUUCUCAAGGUGGAAAUGCCUCUAGUGGCUGUCUAGAAGACAGCCAUUAGAGGUGUUGACAUUGUACUGGAAACACUUCAGUCUAUAUACAACAUAUUGCAAUCAUUGAGAAUAAGUGAUGUGUGCCUUAAGUGGUAUUUUAAAGGAUUACUUCCAGUAGUCAUGGUGUUUGGAGUCUCUGCGAACAUAUAUAGUUUAACACCUUGGCUGCAGGAGGUGCUUUCAGCCGAUGAAUGGUGGGAUCAGUAUCCACCUUUUUGCAGGAUUCUGAUAAAAAGGCAAAAUGCAUGCACCAUUAGUUGGAAAUGGCACCAGGAUACUCCACUCCACAUUGUAACCACAACAGCACCCUAUAAUAGUUAAGAUGCCUAACAUAACCCUUUGAAGGGAUACUUCAAACUUCUCAGGUAGCAUUUGCAAACUAUUUUUAGAUAUACCACCAAGGGGUGGAAUCUGCUAAUCUAUACACUUGUCAAUUGUUUUCAUAUUUAAAAAAAAACUGGUAGCAGAUUUAAACACCUUUUUUAUUAUGCUUUGUAUUUAUAUUUUUUUAUUGCAUAUUACACCAGUCUAUACUUUUAUAUCCUUCCAUAUUUGGAUAAGCUUACUAAUUGUUUUAAUAGCCUGCAACAUUUGUUUUUCUUCUAUGCCGAAUCAAUUCAACUUCUACUAUUUCUGUAUCAUCAACUUGUUCACACACUGUGUUCACUAAGCUUUAGUUCACCCCUCCCCACUUCAUCUCAUUUGAAGUUGUUUGGGUGCACUGUCCCUGCCCUCCGUAGUAAUGCAAGACAAUGCCGUUUUAAAGAAAAUGCAAUGUUUACAUUGUGUUAUGAAGACCGCCACUCGAGGUGCUUCCUGGAUUUUCACAGUUUCACUCUGUGACACGACACUGGACAUGAGAACAUCCAGUAUUAAACUAAAUCCCAUAGAAAGUAUUUAGGCAAUGCUUUCCAAUGGGGAAGGCCCAAUGCUCGCAUGGCACUUGUUGUGCAUACACAUAAGGUCCUCCAUUCAAAGGACGUCUGAGGAGGCAUACUGCCACACAGCACUGAGGGGACUUGAUGCUGGAAUCAAGUAAGUGAAGAGUUUUAUUUAACACUUUACCGUGAGGUGGCAUAGGAAUGCUUCUUUGUAUACCUAACAUUAAAGUGUUCCUUUUAAAAUGGCACUGUCACACCAAAUUUACCCUUUCCCAAUCUCUUCCUUUCUCAGAAUCUGUUAUUCUUUUCUUUCUUUCUGCUCUAGUUUUAUUUAAAACAUAAGAAAAGUUAGGGACUACUUUGAUCUUAUCUAUUUUUUCUACGCCUGACAUUCUCUGACACAAGGAGGAGCUGAAGCCUGCUCCAUUUCCUGUGUCAGAGAGUUUUUCCCACAAUGCUUGCAUGAACUGGCAUCCUCGCAGGAGUGUGAUGGGUGCUGGCUCCUUUAGUUCCAGACAUUGAGGUAAAUGGCAAGGGUAAUUUCAGCGACUGCUUCCUUGCACAAGAACAGCUAAAAUAACUUUAAGUGGUUAUGGUGAAGUUAUAGUGCUUAUUUUUAAGUCUGCAUGUCUGUAGAAAUAGAGAAUUUGAUGUUCUAUACUGUGUACAUGUCAUUUCAGAGUGGCUAUACAAAUGCCAAGUACAGAAACUUGUGGUGGUGAUAACAAGCAUCGACACCAAUGAGAUACUUGAACGUUGGCAGUUUGACAUAGAGUGUGAUAAAUCCCUCAAAGAUGACAGGUGAGUGAUUGCAAAUAAAAUGGAUUUUCGAGGGUACACUGAUUCGUGUGCACAAAUGAAAUUUUAGGUUUGUAGGAAAAAAGUAAAGUGGUCAAGCUUUUAUAGGUGUACGGCUGAGGUUUGUUUUGCUCUACAUGUGUCUUAUUGAAAAUAGAAGGUGGUGGUGAAACAUCAAUUAAAUAACUUUUUAUUAAGUUAAAAAUUAUUUAUCGUUCCCUAGUAUUGGAAUUUUAAAACGAUGCACAAUCAAGAGCGUAUAUACUCAAGCACAGAGGAUAAACUUUAUACUAUAGUGUCAGGAAACAAACUCGUUUUCCUGGCACUAUAUAGUCCUUAGGUCGGUCCCACCCUCAGGGCCCCCCCUUCAGCCACUUACCUUUAUCUAGCACCGGGCUCCCUCAGUGCUGGUGACCUCUCCUCCUCUUCUGACGUCAGCUCCUGAGUGGAGCCAAAUGCCCAGGCGGGGCCAUAGCCGCGUGCAUUAAAAACGCCCAUAGGAAAGCAUUUCUCAAUGCUUUCCUAUGGACGUUCUGCGUGCUCAAUGCAAUUUUUGCAUUGAGCGUAGGAAGCGCCUUUAGCGGCUGUCAGGAAGACAGCCACUAGAGGCUGGAUUAACCAUGCAAUGUAAACAUAGCAGUUUCUCUGAAACUGCUAUGUUUACUCCUGCAGGGUUAAAACCUGGGGGACCUGGCAAUAAUAAUAAUAAUAGUAAUAGUAAUAGUAAUAAUGGUAAUAAUAAUGGUAAUGGUAAUAAUAAUGGUAAUGGUAAUAAUAAUAAUAAUGGUAUUAUAAUGGUAAUAAUAAUGGUAAUGGUAAUAAUAAUAAUAAUGGUAUUAUAAUGGUAAUAAUAAUACUCAACAUAAAACAUAAGACAAAGAACAAAAAACUAAUAUAUCCCAAAAGUUGCAAUAUCUAAUAACAAAGUGCUCAGUGAAUCACCAGAUGUCGCGGAGUAGUUUAGUAUAGAAGCUGUUACCUGGUGAUUUGGAUUUCUGCCAGAGCAAUAAGCUUUGUAAAAAACUAAUCCUACGUUUUUAUAGAGUACGGGGAGCCCAUAAAUCUUUAUGCAUAUGGUUUCAUCAGUUCAAGGCAGCAGGGGAAGUACUUGUCCCUAUGUAUGACAGCCGGCACUUGUUCCCUCCAUGUUGUGAGCCCGAAGUUGCUAUGUUGAGCAGCUAAAGAUUUGAGGGGCAUUAUUCCCCCUACAACCAUCACCUUAUACUGAGGAAGAAAGAUUUGGUGUAUAAAAAUAGGAGAUACCAAAAGGAGUAAAAAUUAACUAAUCACUGCUGAACCAGAGGCUGGCAUGAUUUUAAAGUGCUACUGAUGAUCCCGUUAACAGCUGCCGGGUGAAACGCGCUUUGGGUGCAGACUGAUGUGGCUCCUGGAAGGCUAUCUGACUUAACUAUAACCUUUAACAAAACUUUUUAAAUCAUCCCAGCCUCUUGUCCAGCAGUUAAUUUUUACUUCUUUUGGUUAUCUCCUAUUUUUAUACACCAAAUCUUUCUUCCUUAGUAUAAGGUGAGAGUUGUAGGGGGAAUUAUCCGCCUUGAAUCUUUAGCUGCUCAGUAUUGCUACUUCGGGCUCACAACAUGGAGGGAACAAGUGCCGGCUGUCAAAUAUGUAGGGACGAGUAGUUUGGCAAAUUCUUAGACCGUAAUAGGGACCAACGGCACCUGAACCUCCCUGCUGCCUUGAACUGAUGAAACAAUAUGCGUAAAGAUUCAUGGGAUCCCUAUAAAACCUUAGGUUUUUUUAUUUAUUUUUUUACAAAGCUUAUUUCUCUGGCAGGAAUCCAAUCUCCAGGUAACCGCUUCUUUCUAAAGCGACAACUGGUGAUUCACUGAGCACUUAAUUAGAUAUUGCUAACUAACUUUUGGGAUAUUUUACAAACCGUUAAAAUUUUUCUCCGAUACACACAAUUUCUAAUACACAUUAGUUUUUUGUUUAUCUUGUUUGUUUUAUGUUGAGUAUUAUUGCCAUUAAUAUACUCCUUUUUAUGCUCUGUGUUUGAGUAAAUACAUUCUUGAUUGUGAGUCAUUGUUUUAGUACUAGGGAACAAUAAACAACUUUUAACUUAAGAAAUAAAAGUUAAUUUUUAAUUGAUGUUGCACCACCACCCUCUAUUUAUUUAAAUGUGUUUUUAAGGGCUAAAACCCUUUCAUCUUGAAUGGUGACCAACACCAUUUAAAUACUACCAUUAGCCAAUUAGUGACAUUAGUAGCCUUAUUAAAAAUGGGUUAAUUAUGCAUUGUCAUGCCCCAAACUGUUUGAGAAUUCUGCAGAUUCAAAGAUAUUUUUAAUGUUUGUUUACAUUUUUGUUCAUUGUGUUGUGUUCUCACCUUUCACUUUUCAUAGUGCUCAUAUCUAGCAGUCUCUUAUGCUAAGCAUGAAUCGUGACCUGUGCACUUUUCUCACCGACUGGUAUAGUUGAACAUUUAUAGCUCUAUUUCAAUACCAUAGGAAUAAGGUUACAUAUUAAAGCGGCACUCGAACUUGCCUUUCUUCAAUCGAUUCCUCUUUUCUCCCUCUCUCAGGAUCUGUUCAUUUCUUCCUGUCUGGUCUAGUUUUCUUUAAAAUAUAACACAAAGUAUGGACUAUUUGUCUUAUGGAGGUUUGCUACACCUGACCAGCGGAGGAGCAAAGUGUGCUUCAUUUCCGGUGGUCAGAGCAAUUCUUCCCAUAAUUCUCACCUUUCCUCAGUGUUCCCGCAAAGCCUCCUUUCACUUUUCCCGAACGUCCUGUCAUUUAGACAGAACGCUGGCAAAGCUACCAAAUUGCAUCCUAACAGAAUGAGAACAGUUUCUCCAUUCGUGUUAGGAUUUGUUCGUAUCAGAAUUUCAUUAGAAUGAAUGAAACUCCGAUCCGAUUCUUGCAGCCACUUAGUAGAAAACUCCCUAAUUCCCAUGAUUUUAGGGAGCUAUCUACCAAAAGGCUGAAAGAUCUAAAUUGUUUUUUCAGCCAAAUUUACUACUACUAAGUAAAGAUUACUUAGUAGUAAAUUCUGCCCCUACUCGCUAUACCGGGAGUAGGGGCAUGUCUAUUAAACAGGUGGGGGCGAUAUAAAGUAUGCCUCCCACCCAUGCCAUGCUAGGGGUGGGGGGCUAUUAAACUUAAGGGGAACUUAAAUAACUAUUGGGGGGGGAGGCCUAUUGUCCUCCACCCCGGGCCCCACCCCUGAGCGGUCCCUACUUUCUGAUGUUUUAAAGAGAACUAGAGCAGACAGGAAGAAAUAAAGAACAGAUCCUGACAGGGGGAGAAAAGAGGAAUGAAUUAAAGGUAAGUUCGGCAUGACCGUGCUGCUUUAAGAGUUAAAACAAAAUUUAUUCAUCUCCUAGCUAUUUUGCUAGUACAUCAUGUAGAUAUACUGCUUUUUGUUUUCCUUAUAUUACUUGGAACUAAAAUCUUAGUAAAAAUAGUUUUUGACAUUAGUGAUAGAAGUAUUAAAGGAACACAGCAAGCACCAUAACUACAGCACACUAUAUUAGUCAUGGUGCCUGAAAUGGUUUGAUUUCUUACCUGGGUGCUGCUUUAUGAAUUUCCUCUUCCACCCUAGAGAGCUGGAAGCUUAAGUUAAGACCUUCCAUUAGUGCAGAAUCCGCUCACUGGCUGAGAAUGCCAGCAUGGCUCUUUACAUUGGAGGGGGUUGGCAUACAGCUUGCUGUAGUGGUUAUGGUCCUUGGAGUGUUCCUUUAAAACUUGUGCACCUCUUUUUACUUUUAGCCAGUCUAGUUCUGGAAUAAGUAAGGAGAGGGCAAACAAAGCACCACGUUUUGCCAAUGCAGGACAGUACAAAUACCUCUUAGAAGAGGAAAGGAAAGCUAAACACAUGCAAAAUAAAUGUCUGUAAUGUGUUUGGUGACUGCAUUACACUAGGCAAUAACAAGAGGUCUGUAAUUGAACACUAAACAAAAAUGGCAACAUGUAUUUAAUUUGCCUUUUUACUAUCUUGUUGUGCCGUUUGGUUUGUCUUCUAUGGUUUGCAACUAAAAAUGCCGUGCAAUUUUUUUUUUUAUUUCAGUGUGGUUCGAGAAAAGUCACCAAAAGUUAUCCAAGAAGAAAUCCGGUCGGUUAUCAGACAGAUCACUGCAACAGUAACAUUCCUUCCAUUACUAGAGACUGCUUGUGAGUAUACUUUUAAUGUUGCCAUUGUGGGCUCUAAAAAAAAAAAAACUUAUUCACUCAACAGUAUUAACUAUAAAAUCUGUACACUUUGCAUCCCAGGUAAAUCAGUAGACCAAGCAUGUCCAACUCAAAGGCUAGCACGGGCCAAAUAAACCAGGUUUAAGUUUAUGUGGGCCGCAAAAAAACAAACUUUUUCAUUUAAAAUGUAGGGUUUUUUUCUUUUUUCAGUAUAAAAAAAGUUGCUUAACUGACACUGGACUUCAUCAGUCGAAGGGCUUCAAAGUAAACAAAAGAGCAAAUUUAUUUUAAGGAGAUAUGUAUUUGCAUAUAACCAAUGUUUCGGUCCAACUACCUUGACAUAUUAAGAAAGGUUUAGUAAUGGGACUGAAAUAGUGAAUGAAUACUGUUGCACAGCUGUUAAAAACAAAUGUUAUCUUGUCUUUUUGAAGUACUAGGAGUGUGUUCUUUACUUUGGCUGAGAUCAUCAUCAAACUUGAUGAUCUCUGCCAAUCUAAUGCUUUCCCAUAGGAAAGCACACUAAAAUUCUCAAUCUCUCUCCCCCCUCUGGUAUAGUUCCAUUGCCCUUCAAACAUGCAACUGUAACCCCAAUUCUAAAGAAGCCCAAUCUUGACCCUAACUCCCGAUCCAACUAUCGUCCUAUCUCGCUACUGCCUUUUGCAGCCAAGAUACUUGAAAAAAUUGUGUAUGCAAGAUUGACAGACUUCGAGUCUAACUCUCUGCUAGACCCGCUUCAGUCUGGUUUCUGCGCUAAGCACUCUGUGGAAACGGCACUGACCAAAGUAUCCAAUGAUAUACUCGCUGCAAAAUCUCGUGGUCACUACACUAUCCUAAUUCUCCUUGACCUUUCUGCGGCUUUUGACACUGUUAAUCAUCAACAGCUUCUUCUCAUCUUCCGCAAUAUCGGUCUACAAGAUAUUGCUCUCUCCUGGUGCUCCUCCUACCUCUCCCAGCGCUCUUUCAGUGUUUCUUUCUCUGGCUCUGCUUCUUCUCCAACUCCUCUCUGUUGGAGUCCCCCAAGGUUCAGUCCUUGGUCCACUACUGUUCUCCAUCUAUACUGCCUCCCUUGGUAAACUCAUUAGCUCCUUUUGGCUUCCAAUAUAAUUUUCUAUGCAGAUGACACGCAAAUCUACCUGUCCUCUCAUGAUCUCUCCCUGUCCCUCUUGACUAGUGUCUCUGACUACCUCUCUGCUGUUUCUAACUGGAUGGCUGCCCACUUCCUUAAACUAAACUUGACCAAAACUGAAAUUAUGGUCUUUCCUCCCUCAAAUGUUGUUACUCCUGUGUCUGUCUCCCUCCAAGUCAACGGUGCUACCAUCAGCUCCACCACGCAGGCUCGCUGCCUAGAAGUUCUCUUUGACUCCGACCUCUCCUUCAAGCCUCAUGUUCAAUCUAUCGCCAAAUCCUGUCAUUUCCAUCUCAAAAACAUUGCCCGCAUCCAGCCCUACUUAACGCCAGAUGUAACUAAGGUGUUGGUCCAUUCCACUGUCCUUUCUCGCCUUGAAUCCGCUUCUCAGUGGUCUUACGUGCUCCCAACUUGCGCCGUUACUGUCCAUAAUGAAUGCGGCGGCGAGGCUCAUCUUCCUGUCCGCCCGCACCUCCCAUGCCUCACCCUUCUGUCAGUCCCUACAUUGGCUUCAUAUAAAAUAUAGAGCUCAAUUUAAAAUUCUGGUUCUUCCUUUAAAUCUCUACAUAAUGCUGCUCCCACCUAUCUAUCCUCCCUUAUACACAAGUAUGUCCCGUCUAGGCCCUUACAAUCUGCUGAAGACUUGUGUCUAUCUUCUGUCCGUACUCCCACCUCUUAUGCUCGCCUUCAAGACUUUUUCCAGGGCUGCACCGUUCCUGUUGAACUCGCUUCCCUCCUCCGUUAGAUGCUCACCCAGUCUCCACUCCUUCAAAAAAUCUUUAAAAACCCACUUCUUCAUAAAAGCGUAUCAAUUAAACUAAUAGCUCCUGACUGAUUCCUCUUCUGCAACUGUCACUAGUCUAAUACUAUCCUUACCUUUUUGUGUCAUUUUACCCCACUCCCUCUAGCAUGUAAGCUCAUUGAGCAGGGCUCUCAACCCCUCUGUUCCUGUGCGUCCAACUUGUCUGGUUACAACUACAUGUCUAUUCGUCCACCCAUUGUAAAGCGCUGCGGAAUUUGACGGCGCUCUAUUAAUAUAAUAAUAAUGUGUGGCAAAAAGCUGCAUGGCCAAUCAGCAUCUCUGUGGGGAGCGUUUAGCGCCUCCAUGCAGUAUCAAAUCUAAUACACUGCCCACAAAUCCAAUACAUUACCCCUAAAUCUAAUAAACUGCUUCCUCCACCCAAUCUAAUACACUGCCCUUCCUCUCUCCACUUUAAUUGAAUACAUUGCGCCCCCGCCCCCCCUCUUCCACCACUCUUAAUACACUGGCCCCCUCCCUAAAAUGAAUACACAACAUAGGAAGGUCCCCCAAGACCCUCUUCCCCUACCUUUAAGAUGAGCUGCCUGUACCCCAGGUCCAGCCCUGGUCUUCUCUGCUCAAGCAGGCCAGACGCCGCUCUGGUACUAUGAGCAGGAGGGAAGGGAGAGUGGCUGGCCUGCAGGAGCAGGCGAGCAGCCAUGGGAGGGAAGACAAGAAUCAAACAAAUAUCUUUUUUGUCUUGCAGCUGGUUGCAGCCACAACACAAAGUGGCCCCAGGGCAGGUGGGCCGCAAGUUUGGCAUGCUUCAGUAGACCUUACUCAUGGAGUGGUUGUGUGUAUUUUCUCAAACUACAGGUAACGUUGUCUGCCUACUCACACAUACAACUCUGCUGAUUCGCCUAGUAUUUGUAGCAGAAGUAAACAACCAUAAUAGCAAACUAAUGAAUAUGUACUCCCAAGAAGCAUUAGUGUUACAAAUAUAAAAUAAUUAUUUUGUAACCCUGGAUGUUUAGACGUCACUUUACAUUAAUAAGGUUCCCCUCCCCCACUUUAAAAUAUUGUUUCUGUAUUGUCAUGGAUGAAGUAGUGAAGUCUAAAUAGAAAGCAACCAACAUCUGGAUCAGGAGUUGUCAACCUAUUGGCACUCAAGUCUGCCAGAUACAAAUAGGCUAGGGAGAUCUGAGGGUGUUCACUGGAGCUGGCAUACAAGUCCUAAUGGGACUUCUUCAGAUAACGUUUAGUGCCAACUGAACAUUCAGCUCUUGUGAUUAUUGCAGAAAGUGUGCGAAUCAGUUCUUAAUUUAAUUUACUCAUUGCACUUCUUGGAGGAAGUGAUCUGAGCAUUUGUGAAAAGGAAUCUGCACAGGAGAAGAUCAGACACUGCAGCCCUUGCUGUUAACCCAUGCCUGACCAGAUACUAGACCAUAGAGAAGCAACAAUACCAGACCUGCAGAAGAAGCAUUCACACACACCCAAAUCAUAUCAAUCUUGUUUUUUUGCACAUUGUUGUUAAAAGGUUGAACUGGUUAAGAUGAUACAUAGGUCACAAUGUUUAACGGUGCUGUCUGUUCAAGAGAAGUGACAGUUGCUUGUUCCUUCUCCCCCCUGUAAAUGCAAUUCGUUUACUGGGGAUGAAUAAUGCAUAAGGGGUAAGUAAACUAAUUUUCCUUUGUGUUUAGCCACUUUGCAGCUAUAUUAUGCUUCAGGCAUGCAUAGAUGUGUGUGGUGAGGCAUCUUAAGGAAAAAUGCCAUUCCUAUGCAUGCAGCUUAGUACUGGUAGUUAUAAAAACACUCCGCACACCACCGUAAAUAAAGGCUCACUGCAGGCACUAUAACCGAGUGAGCUGAAAUGGUUAUAGUGCUACAGUGUUCCUUUAAGUGCAAUUAAUUUGGAUUUUGGCCUCAUACUCAUGCUGUGUAUUUCUCCCUGUUCAAAUCUCUUUAGCUUUGCAUAAAAAAAAAAUAGUCCUCUACCUUUUAUUCACAAUUUCUUCACAAACUAAAUUUAUGUAUUCUAAAUACAUGCUCAGCCAAUGCAGGAUCGGUGUGAGCUGAGCUGCUGAUUUCCUUCUGCCCCCACUGCCAAUCACUGUCCUCUUACCUGUUUAGCAUUUCAAACCUGUGUUAAGGAUAAAGAGCAAAUAAUAUGAAGACCGUGUUAGUGAUUGGCUAUUGUCUGGAGUGAUGCUAGCAGAUCAGCUCCUAAGUACAUACUCUAAAUACAUAUAAUCUUUCAGAUACAUGUUUCCACCAGUCAUUCAAGCUUGGUGUUCUCUGAGUGGAAUAUAUUUUCUCCAUGCCUGGUCAUUGUUGCAGUUAUGGUUUCUCAAGAUUUUCACCUAAAAGUGACUAUGCUAGCUUGAAUGAUUAAAGGACCUUUCAGAUAUAUUCUACUAAAAUGAAAUUCUUUCAAAAUAUAGGUGCAUUUGACUUGCUGAUUUAUACAGACAAGGACCUAGAAGUGCCAGAAAAGUGGGAAGAGUCUGGACCCCAGUUUGUUUCCAAUUCUGAAGAGGUCCGGCUUCGUUCAUUCACAACUACUAUUCACAAAGUCAACAGUAUGGUGGCAUACAAAAAGAUAGACUCUUAA